ACAAAACGCCUCGCUGGUACUUACGCAGAAAGAUAUGUCGCCUUCCGAGACCAACAUCGCUUUUGCGCUGGCCCCGAAGUCUGGCAUCGAGAGACACUGGAGCGAUAUCUCCCAGUUGGACCAGAAGCGUCAUAUUGUCACGGGCAGAGAACUGCUUCCAGCUGACCAGUUCGUUGGCUCCACGUACGACACAGGUAAUCCGCCGACUCAGGCCACAAAUAUUACAUUCCGUGACGAGUUUGACAGUCUGCCCACCUACUUCUCGGGGACGGGCUACCACAGUAUUUACAUCAACUACUCACCCUCCGGCAUGCUCAGCGAGGCAAACGGGAUGAGGCCAAACAACAACUCCAGCCUAGGCACUUUCAUCAACGCAAGCUUCAUCACAGGCUACGAGCAGAAGAAGCGCUACAUCGCAGCCCAAAGUCCCUGCAGCGCGGAGAGCGCCCUCGACUUCUGGCGCCUCAUCUACCAGGAGCAGGUGCAUACCGUGGUCCUGUUGUCCAGCGUCGUGGAGGACGGCAGCAUGCGGUGCUUUCAGUACUGGCCAGACAUCGCGCCCGUCUAUUUUGGACCCUUCAGGAUCCGACACGUGAAACAGCAGACAAGCUUCGCCGAUUUCUCAGAGUACAUGCUGGCGCUGAGCCUGCACAGAGGCGAAAGACGAGGCGGGGUCAAGGGUGGCGAAGAGCACCAAGUGCGCCUGUUGGUCUUCACCUCUUGGUACGAACCACAACUGUCUCGCGACCCGCACCCCUUGCUGGAACUGCAGCGCCGCCUAGGGACCCAGAGAGAACCGUACAACGAAACGCUGUUGGUCCACUGCGAGAACGGCUGCGGACGCACUGCCGUCUUCAUCGCCCUCGACAUCCUCAUGGCUACCUACGCCAGCAAAAGGGAGGUGUCAGUUUAUGAAGUUGUGUCCGGCAUGCGGCGGGAGCGGCCCUACAUGGUACACACCUUCGUGCAGUACCUGUUGAUCUACAUCGCGCUUUUCGAGGAUAAACACGCCGGUAACACCUUUUUGGACCUACAGCUGCCCACCUUCUACCACGACCUGCUGCGUAAGCAGCCCAUCACCAAACGCACCGUGCUGUACGAUCAGUUCCAGCUCCUGUCGCUCGUCACCGAGGCUUACGUGCCGCCUCCGAAAGUGGAAAGCAGCGCGCCGCAGGUGGAGCAGCCCCAAGAGCUCCAUCUGGGGAGGGGCGACGAGGAGGUCAAGCGGCUGCGACCGGAGGGCCCCAAGGUGGAGGAUAGUGUCUAGGAUGCCACCAGUAUGGCGUGGUCUUCGUGGACAGCUACAAGCGCCGUGGGCAGUUCAUUCUGGCACCGUCGCCGACAGAGGCGAGCCUGGAGGAGUGCUGGCACCUCGUCUGCACUAACGAUGUGCGCUCUGUUAUCAUCCUCGACCUCGUCAACGCAGCCAAGAAACCACUGUACUGGCCCAGGAUGGACGCUCGGCGUCUGGCAUCUUUCUCUGUACAUCGUCAUGGCGCCUUCAACAUGGACAGCACGGUUACCGUCUACACCGUCCAAGUGAAAUGCAGACACCUUCCCGUCGCUAGCUCAAGACUAGUCCGUGUGUAUCAUUGCCGUACGUGGCCAAAGAUCUCCCACAAGCCUCAUCGCCUGGUCAAGAAGAGAGACGAUAAGAUCAUCCCACAUACCGACCAUUUCAGAAGCUUGCUGCGUGUACUUGAACAGGUGGUGGCCUGGCAACAGGAGACCACGCACGAAAGCACGCCAAUCCUGCUGCACUGCAGUGAUGGCUUUUCGCGAAGCGGCCUGAUGGUCGCAAUAGCUCAGAUGAUCUGGCGAGCAAAUGAGGAAGGCCGAGUGAGCAUUUAUCGUGUGGUUCGUCGACUCAGGAUUUGCUGUCCCAAUGCUGUUGCCCACUACGUGCAGUACAAGUUUCUCCACAGACUUCUCUGGGUCUACACGCGAGGUGUUGUGGAGGAAGUACCUUCAGAUGGCGCAAAGCCUUGCACUUACAACAUAACGGACGAUGACAAUCCCAAGACAUCACCGGAAGUUGCUAACCCCCCUUCCUCUGCGGAAAGCGAUACUGUUCACAUGUCCAUCGUGCAUACAAGUGAGGAGAUCAUAGCGCACGAGAGUGAGUCUACGGAAAUCAACUGAAGUUCUGCAAUUUUGAAGCCAGAGAAUGUAAGGACUGAGAGAUAACGCUGUGUUGUUGAUGAUGGAGGUAGCAGCCUUUUUCUACAAACUUAGACUCUGCAUGUCUGAGUCGUAACUUUUGAAAACAGCUGGCAACAUCACCUGUAUUUUCUUUGUGCUUAAUUUGACUUUUUUGAUAAAGCAUAUUUUGUAAUUUGAUACUAAUGGGCAACAUCAGAAGCUGAGAUGACUAGCCCUAAUAUUUGAAUAUAUAUUUUAAUACAGAAAAUACACAAACUAUAUCAGUAUGUGCUAUUCAUUGAA